UUGCUCAGAUCUGCUCCACAAAUGGGCAUCUUCCGUGGUGGGCCACUGUGUCUGGGCCGGAAGCUGCUGGCGCCCGGGACGGGGCAGCUGCAGCUCGUGACCCGCCUCUGCGGGGACCCCUUGCAGGACAGCCCCGCCAAGAAGGCCCGGGCUGAGCAGGACGAGCCCGGCACGCCGCCCUCCUCGCCGCUGAGCCCUGAGCAGCUGGUCCGCAUCCAGAGGAACAAGGCCGCGGCCCUGCUCAGACUCGCGGCCCGCAACGUGCCCGUGGGCUUUGGUGAGAGUUGGAAGAAGCACCUCAGCGGAGAGUUCGGGAAGCCGUAUUUUAUAAAGCUAAUGGGAUUUGUUGCAGAAGAAAGAAAACAUUAUACUGUUUAUCCACCCCCACACCAAGUCUUCACAUGGACCCAAAUGUGUGACAUAAGAGAUGUGAAGGUUGUCAUCCUGGGACAGGAUCCAUAUCAUGGACCCAAUCAAGCUCAUGGGCUCUGCUUUAGUGUUCAAAGACCUGUUCCACCUCCGCCCAGUUUGGAAAACAUUUAUAAAGAGCUGUCUACUGACAUCGAUGGUUUUGUUCAUCCUGGCCAUGGAGAUUUAUCUGGGUGGGCCAAACAAGGUGUUCUCCUACUCAAUGCUGUGCUCACAGUUCGGGCUCAUCAAGCCAAUUCUCAUAAGGAGAGAGGUUGGGAGCAGUUUACUGAUGCAGUUGUGUCCUGGCUAAAUCAAAAUUCGAAUGGCCUUGUCUUCUUGCUCUGGGGCUCUUAUGCUCAGAGGAAGGGCAGUGCAAUUGACAGGAAGCGGCACCAUGUACUGCAGACUGCUCAUCCCUCCCCGUUGUCCGUGUAUAGAGGGUUCUUUGGAUGCAGACAUUUUUCUAAAACCAACGAGCUGCUGCAGAAGUCUGGCAAGAAGCCCAUCGACUGGAAGGAGCUAUGAGUGAUCCUGAACUGAGGGGUGUUCUGUCUCCAUCAGUGGUUUUGAGAAACUGCUAUUGAAGUAUUCGCCAGUUCUGAAGUUGAAUGGAAAAGUUCUCUAUUAAUUCUUAAGUACUCUUGCAUAAAGGGAAAAAGCUUCCGGAAAGCAGUGUGAACCAGGCUGCCACAAAUGGCAGAAACAGCAAAGACCGAAUGUCUUUCUCUGCACCAUGGCUUUGGCCUAAAAUUCAGAUGAGGUCAAAUACUCACCUGGCUCUCUUCAGCUCCCUUACCUUUACGAGUAAAGGGGGAGGUGCGCACCUUUUUGUACAGCAAGUAGUUUGGUACCUGCUGCUACUUUUUACCCGGUAGGUUAGACUCCUGCUUAUAAGGUGUUGGCUGUUUUUGUUAUAAAAGAAGCACCUUCAUCCCCUGCGCAGCCCACAAGCAUUCCAGAAGAACUGCCUGCCCUUUUGGUCUUUCAAGGGGCCCUUAGGCUCCUCCUUGAAGGAGGCAGGGAGAUGUUUUGCAAGUUUCUGGAAAUCUGGCCCAGGAAUUAGGGAACGGCGUCCUGAUCAUAGUAGAGGUGAAGAUUCCGUAGGAAUAGUCCUUGGUUUGAGUCUUAACAGAUAGAGGCUGAGAGAAAUGAGCUGGGUCUUGUUUAUCCUGUAAUUUGGGGGUGUUUCUUGGAAUAAGCGGUGGAAGUUGAACAAGAGGAGAAAGGGGAUUUAAAAAAAAAUUUUUUUUUAAAUGGGUGAUUUUCUCCUAGAGUUAUCCUGAGUUGGAGUUUUUAAGGCAACACAGACUGCCAAAUUCUGUUUUUUAUGGACAGAAAUCACUGGUAUACUUUUUUCUACAACACUGGAGAAUUUUACUUUUUGAAAAGAUACUUAUGCAGAUUACAUAUUUUUUUCAAUCCUUUUUUUAAAGAGACAAUCUUUAUUGGGUCUGCACCUCCAUCUUUGAUCUUGUUAGAGAUGUUUUUGCUAUUAGCCAGGUUAGAGUUAACCCUGCUCGAGUUUGGAAAUAAAGAUUGUUUAAGUUUCGCUUUG